CUACUCCACCACACACCCAGUUGUGUUUCCACUGUGUUCCAGGCACAAGGCUGGCACUCUGCUCUGUUGGUCUGUUGAGCUGAACCAUAUCCUCGCACCACCUGCAACUCUCUCACCUUUCCUGUGGAUUUAAUGUUUUUUAAGUGUUAAAAACUCAGAUUUUUGUAUAUUUUGGUGGAGGAAACAGGGUCAGGAGACUUGUGGAUUUUUUGUUCAGAAGUAGCUCCAAACCUUUUGAGUUUUUUCCAAAAUGUCUCCUGUGAAAGGCUGGAUGGUGGGGCUCCUGCUGGUCCUCCUCUGCCCGUCUCAGACCCCUCUCUCUGGGGGGGUGAGUGCCCAUGAGGUGGGGGAGGCAGGGGAAGGCCUCUACGCCAGAUAUGUGGAGGCGGUGGUAGCUGAAGAGGGAGAAACUGCUGAGGGUGAUGAUGGCGCGGGUGAUGAAGAGGAACAUCUAACGGAAGAUGACGAUGAGGAAGAGUCGGAUGAACAGGAGGAGGAUGAGGAUGAGGAGGAGGAGGAGGAGGAAGAGGUGGCAGCUGAGGAAGAUGAGGAAGAGGAUGAGGCGGAAGAGGAGACUGCUGAGGAGGCAGAGGAGGAGGAAGAGGAGACUGCUGAGGAGGCAGAGGAGGAGGAAGAGGAGACUGCUGAGGAAGCAGAGGAGGAGGAGGAGGAGGAAGAAGAGGUCGCAGAGGAGGCUGCUGAUGAGGAGGAGGACGAUGACGAAGAGGAGACUGCUGAAGAUGAAGCAGAGGAGGAAGAACAGGCUACUGAGGAGGACGAUGAUGAUGAUGAUGAUGAUGAUGAUGAUGAGGAGGAGGAGGAGGAGGAGGAUGUGGAGGCCGCAGCUGAUGAUGACGACGAAGAGGAUGCAGCAGAGGAGGAGGAGGAGGCAUCUGAAGAGGCAGAGGAAGCCAGCGAUGAUGAUGAUGAGGAAGAGUUGGCUGAGGAAGAGGAGGCUGAUGAGGAUGAUGAAGAUGAUGAGGAAUACGCUGCAACUGAAGUAGAGGAAGAUGACGAUGAAGUCAAUGACGCAGUAAAUGAAACGAUUGAAGAGCCCGCCACCGACCUGCUGCAGUACCGCUCCGGCUCUCUGUGCAGUGUGUGCACCAUCUGUGAGCACUGCUCUACAGACUGUGAAAAAUGCCCGUGUGAAGAUGACGAUGAGUCGGAUCACUGUGAGCAGUGCCAAGAUUGCUCAUCUUGCUACAUCUGCCCCUUACUGUGCGACACGAUCUGCUCACCAGGUGGCCUUGUUGAUGAGCUUACUGGGACUCUCUUUCAGAGCGUUUCCUCUCUACUCUGAGUAACCUGCAGGCUGCUCCCUCUAACGCCACCUUGUGGUAAAGUGACGUACUGCGCCCAGGACUGGAGCUGUCCGGCUGUGCAAACCUCUCCAGCAACAUGAGAGCUGACAGAAAAACAGAAACACAUUAAGGUUUUAACUCUUGUUUAGAUUUUUUAUUAACUAGUCAUUUGGGCUGCAAAUAAGAGUCUCUUUUCCUUUUCUUUAUUUAAUGAAGUGCCUAAUGUAAUAAUUAAUUGCUAAGGCUAUUAUAUAAUUUGUUGAGAAUCUUAUUUUGUAGAAACCUUUUUGUAAAACAGUUUUAGUUGAGCAACAAUGUGAAUACGUUUAUUUUAGUGGCUGUAUGAAUGCACCAGAAAGAUGACAGUCCAUUUAUUGUUACAGAAUAAUUUCAUAUAUACGUGUUGAUACAAAAACAUGUUAUUCAUUUUAACAAAUUCUUAUGUGAUAAUUAAUGUCUCUUAACUGUUCAAUUUGGUUCCGACAUUUACACCACAGGCACAGUUCAUAUUACAUUUAGCUGUUUUUGCUAUAUUAACUUUUGGUUUUUUAUUUCACAUUGGUUAUUUAGUUGUUUUUUUUUUUUAGCAUAUACUCAUGACUAUUCAAACUGCAGUUAGUGCCUAAUUGAACAAUGUUAAUAGGGCCUCACAGUUUUAACUCACAACUGUGCAUAAAUUAAAGUUUUUCCACCUAAUUUAUGGGAAUUACCUGUCGGAAAUGUGAAAUGAUUAAUUGGAGUAAAUUGGGUUUAGUAGGUGACUUUUGGUCGAUAGUUUGAAUGUAUUUUAUUAUAGUAUACUCUAUAGAAUUAAAAGGCAAAAUCGAUGACUGUUUCCUAAAUAAAUUACUUCUAUUCACCCUUUAACCUUUUCAUCCUUCUUUUAAAAAUAAUCUGACAGGCCUGGGUUGCGUUCCAAUAGUCCAUUUAGUUUAGGAACCUUCCUAACCAAGUGAAAUGACCCGGAAGUACGU